GUGAUUAGGAGGGUUACGGGAGGGAAACUAACCAGAAGUUGUCCGGGCUGGAUGCCCUUCACUUGCUUUCCUUCUAAUGAAGGCUUUCCUGAGAAUCGGCACGCAAAAACAACACUGAGCGAUCUAUGGAACCUAACCUUGACUUCUUACCUCCCAACAGGUCUGGGAAGGAAAGAGGGCACAUCCUCCGCCGCUCUCUCUGCUCGGCGUCAGCUGCUGAAAAGGCCGUCCAUCUGGGCGCUGAUGGACCCCGUUUCUUCAGACUCUUCCAGGUACGAUCGCGCGGUGCCGCAGGCAGCGGAAGCCAGUCUCCUGAAAAGAAAACAAACUCCACAUGGAUUGCCCGAUCUCCAGUCGGAUAGAAAAAACCGCGAAUCAGAGAUCAAAAGCGAAAGCCUCUUGGCCCAGGAAACUUUCGCGCCUCCUCAAGCCCGUUUUUGUGGAGAUCAUCCGGUUGAUUUUGAAGAAGAACCAUCGAAGGAGUGGGCGCUUCUCCCAUUCUUUGAGGCUGGUUGUGCGAAAAAAGUGCUGCCAGGCGGCUGAGCCUGGCCCCUCCGCCGAAAGCAGGACCUCCAUCUCGGCUUCCCCCGCUCCUUUUCUCUCAGACUGAGUACAUUCACUGGGAUUAGUUUCAAAUGCUUCAAAUUAGUUAAUUUUUACAACAAUGACCUUAUCCCAUCAGCCACUUGCAAUUUUACUGACCAGCAAAAAACUCUUUUCUCUACAACUCUGAGAACCCCACGCCACCACACAAAGAGGAGACUUGGAAGCAGGGAAAUAUCUCCGAGCUGCUUUGGAAAAGGGGGAUGUGAGAGCUGGCAAAUUGAGAAGAGGCUGGUGGGAGCUCCUGUCCCUUAAAGCCAAGACAAUUUAAAACGAGAGAAAGAGGGGAACCGUAAGUGAUUGGAAAAAGGAAAGGCAAAGCGGCAAGCAAGGGCUUGUCAAGAAGGACUUGGGGAAAACUUCUGCCCUCUCCCUCCUCCUAUAUACAAACUUUCCUCAAACGAGUUAUAUAAGAGGAUCGGAUACAUGAGUGGGAGCUCCCCUGUUUUGUUGUUACUAUUAAUUUUGUAUUUUUAAUCUCACUUUCCUACCUCUUCUGUUCCUUUUCUUAUGUUUUCCUCCAAUUGCUUGCUGGACUUUUUCUUUUUAAAAAAGAAUAAUGUUUAGCCAAAAUAUGGUGUUUGUUUGCAGUCCUGUCUUCUCUCACAUUGACUAGGAGAGGACCAGCUAUGUACUAACAAUGUACAUUAAAAAAAAAAAAACAGUUUUAAA